ACUGUUUCCAAGGAGGUUAUGUCAGGCAGAACCAAGUAUGUGAUGGAAAUAGCGACUGCAAUGAUGCAUCUGAUGAACUUAAUUGCCCCAGCAGAUGUCACUUUUACCAUAAAGAGUUGACUGGUGCAAAUGGCACUCUGGCUUCAUUUGUUUACCGGAAUGCACAGACAUGCACAUGGGCCAUUGAGACUGCUGUUGGGACCAAUGCAUUUGUGGAGCUGAGGGACUUUACCAGUGAAGAGUCGGCCGACAUUGCCACCAUAUAUGUGGGAAGUCUAGACCCAACCAGAGCCACAGUUGUUGGCCAGCUAUCAGGCACUGUAGGGACAAGGCAGUUUAGAAGCUUCAACAACCUCAUGAUUAUUGUGUUUUCAACAGACAGCGAGAUCACCUUGUCUGGAUUCUCUGGCAUCUACGGAAGUUUGUCGUCAAGCUCUGGGUUGGUGGAGUACCUGACUGCUGAUCAGACGCAGAGGACCUUCACUGUGUCCAAGUUCACCAUAGCAACCAUCACAGGCUUCAUGGGACAGAGGGACUAUGUGCUGGUAAUUAAGACACAGGAACAGUACCAGCUGGGACAGGUUAUCACAGUAGAGGUGGAUGCCUCAAAGGUGGAUGCUUUCCAACUGAAUGAUGGUGACUACAUCAUGUUUUUUGACGGUGACUCUGCUGCAGACAAGGUGCUUGGAAAGCUUUGCAAUACCUGUGAUAAUUACUUCACCGUCCAAUCCACAAAGAACACCAUGUCAAUACUGUUGCGCACUGGCAGGGAUAUUGCUUCGAACUCCAACUUCAGGAUCAAGUACCAGCAAGGUUGUAUUUUUCGAAGUUCAGCUGAAUUUGGAAAGCUGUAUACUCCGGGAUUCGAUGGUAGGAUCAAUUAUCCAAACUUUGUCAAAUGUGAUUGGCACAUUGAUCUUCCUACAAAUAAAUCGAUUUCCCUAUACUUUUCAAGUGAAACACAACUGAAUGAUGCUGAUAAAAACAGAGUCAACAAUGGGGAUUUUCUGGAGAUCUAUGACAAUGGUAUGGCCCUGCACCCUGUCCCAGGGUUCAACACUGCUGCCUUACGAGAAAAAAACCACGUAGCUUCCUCUGGAAAAGUCCAUCUGCGACUGAUUUCCUCACCUACACGCUCCACCCGGGGUUUCUAUGCAACCUGGUCUAUUGGUUGUCCAGACCCUCAGUUUGAUGCAAACACAGUGGUAGCUCCGUCUCCAAUCAGACUGCACUACACUGCCAAUAUGACUCUCACAUGCGCUACAGGCUAUGCCUUCCACCUCCGACAGCUAGCUAACGGCCCGCCCAGUGUCAACCUCAGGUGUGGCUAUGGUGGGCAGUGGGAGGGCUUCCUGCAGACUCCACGAUGCACACCCAAAUACUGUGGAGUUGUUCCAAACAUUGAGAAUGGCUACAUAGAGUCAUCUACAGGGGCUACGUACGGAAGGACAGCCACAUACAAAUGCUUCUCUGGGUCAACGCUUCAAGGAGUUGGUACCAUCAGUUGUCAGGCAGAUGGAACCUGGAGCCAGAGACCAACAUGUGUUGCGGCAAGUUGUCCAUCUAAUGUAAAUGACUUAUCUAUUGCCAACGGAGUCGGGGUCCUCACAAUUGGAGAUGGAACCAGAAUUGGUUCCUACUACAACUACAAGUGCAAUGCUGGGUACCAACUUGUCGGUUCCCCUGUUGUCAUCUGCCAAGAAAAUGGGACGUGGAGCCAUCCUGAACCUACAUGUACCAGACUGAAGUGCCUCCUGCCACAGAUCACCCAAGGCAGCUACAUUGGUGCCAUUGCAGAGAGCCUUUUAGACUUUGAAAACACUCUCACUGUCACAUGCAACUCUGGAUACCAGCUGGGUGCCAACUCCAUCAACACCGUGAGCUGUCAGGCUAACAGAACUCUCACUCAAUUACCCCAGUGUGUUGAUAUAGAUGAAUGCACAUCAGGUUCACCCUGCACCAAAGGGAACUGUUUGAACUCGGUCGGUUCAUUUUCAUGCUUCUGUAAUCCUGGAUAUGAACUGGAUGCAUCUUUAAGAAAUUGCAUUGACAUCAACGAGUGCCUGAGAAACAAUGCCAAUUGUGGUGGGACAUGUACCAACACUGAUGGGGGUUACAUUUGCUCCUGCAGUGACCCUUUUGUAUUGUAUGCGGCUAGUGGAACAUCUGGCCUGUUCAUUCCAUCACCGGAAAGUGGGACCAGACCUAGCGAUGUCUACUAUAUCAAUCAUACUUGUGUUUUAAAGAGCUGCCCUGCUCCAGAAACAAAUGUUAGCCGUGCUACCCUGUUGACUCGAAGGAGCACCCAUCUCUAUGGUGACUUAGUUGAAUAUCAAUGUGAUAUGGGCUUCACACCUGGACGCACAUUCAGGAAAUGUGGCGACAGUGGCUGGUCAGAUUUAACACCAUCUUGUACAGCCAUUCAGUGUACAGAUGAUAGGCCCAAUACUGGUCUGUCCAACCCAGCAGUUGUAUCAGGAAAUUACAACUUCAACUCCAGACUGGAUCUCAACUGUAGCCAGGCAGGUGGUGCUAUCAAGUUCCAGCGUUACAGAGUCUGUACAUACAACAUGGCCAUGGAUAAAUAUGAGCUCCAGGGAUCACCAUAUGAUUGUGGGGAGGUUGACUGUGGAAUACCGAUGGCGUAUUCAGGAACCAACUACGCUGCUUCUGUUGUGAACACAAAGUUUGGCAGCCAGUUUACGUUCACAUGUUCUGCUGGAAAUACAAGAUUUGGGAGUAGUGAAGCUGGCGACGAUGUUGUGCGAUGUACAAAAGACGGAUACUGGGACUUUGGAAGCCUGUCCUGCUUUGGUCAGUCCUGUAUUGACCCUGGUGUUCCCCUUUGGGGACAGAUUGUCGCAACACAAAGAUCGUUUGCUGACCAGAGCACAGUCACCUACCAGUGCCUGAGGCCCGGGUACAAUAUCACAGCCGGACCCACAACCAUCACCUGUCAGGGCAGCUCUUGGAACAACGCACAGACACCCAUGUGCACAGACACUGAAAAGCCUGUGAUAGCGAACUGCCCUUCCAGCGGUAUUGUCCUCAACCGAAAUGAGAGACUGGCAGGAUAUCUACCAAUUCUGUCGGUUACAGACAACACUAUGGUGCGAGAUCUAACUGUUAGCCCCAGGAAUGCUAGGACUACCUACUACGUGGAGGCGCCAAUCACAGUGAUUUUCACUGCAACUGAUCACGCUGGCAACAGUGCUUCUUGCAGUAUUCCAGUAACACUCCGGGAUGAAACUCCACCAAGCAUUACCUGUCCAAAUGUUCAGAUAAUAGAGCUGAGAAUUCCAGGAGAAAACAGAACCAACCCCCUCAGCCAAAGUUCGUUCACAAUAACAGACAAUGUUGACCCAGCACCAGUGUUAAGCUACAAAACGUUGCUUCCCACAAUAUUUACUGAAAAUGAUCUGUACAAGACGUUCACAUAUGAAGUUGAGGCCAGGGAUACCAGUAACAAUUAUGCAACAUGUCAGGGACAGAUUUAUGUCAGACCUGCAACCUGUAGUGAAUUAAGUUUUCAAACUCCUUUGUUUUCUACAAAGUUCUGCACAUUUGACAGUAGUACAAACAUUCCAACCUGCACUAUCACAUGUAAUGAUGGAUAUUUAACAUACACAAGCAUUACCGGCAUAUCCGGGUUGAAACGGAAGACGCAGACAUUCACUUGCAACUCUGGAACCUGGUCGCCAGCAUUAAUAACGUCUUGUGUUCAAGAUACUCGACCACCAGUGCUUACAUGUCCUCAAAGUCAAGUCUUUCCCCUGGGAAGCUCAGAAACUAAAUUCCUCAACUUCACUGAUGGCACAUUUGCUGGUACAGUCUUGGAUGCCAACAACAUUUUAUCAACUGUUUAUACACCAGCGUCUCUUAGUUUAUCAGCUGACACCUACGUGGCUAGACCCAUAGUCAUGACAGUAACCGAUGCAGCACAGCGGAGCUCCACUUGCACAUUUCAGGUCAACGUUCAACCACCUGAGUGUCACCCAGACUCCUACCCCAGCCCCCUAAAUGGAAUCAAAACCUGCACUGCAACUGGGUUUGGAUACAGCUGUACCAUCACAUGCAGCAAUGGCUACCUCAUCAAAGGAUCUGGGACUACCAAGACUGUGACAUGUUUCACUGGAGUGAGCUGGGCUGAGACUGAUGUUGUCACAGAUUGUGUUAGAGAUCAAACACCACCUGAUCUGCAGUGCCCAACAUCUCAAGUCGUGCAAAUCAGCAACAUAAAUGACGUUGUUCAAAUUGAUUUUGCUGUCAAUGCUCUCUACGCCCCCAUUCGCAAUGUGGACAGUGGAGUCCCUGUUGGCAGCAGCCCUACUCUGCAGUACUCUCCAUCAUUAUUGACCCUUAGUCAAACAAAUGUCAACUCUAACAAUGUAUUCACGAUCACUUUGAGGUCAACUGACCGAGGUGGUAACGCAGCACAAUGCAAUUUCUAUGUGACUGUGGAAGCACCAAUUUGCUCCUAUUUCUCGCUGCCCGAAAUUUCAAAUGGUCAGAAAACGUGCACUGCUAGAACUGGACUGAACACUGGUUUUGACUGCACUCUCACUUGCAACAAUGGUUACACCUUCCCUAUUACCACUAACAAUGCAAGAAUCAACUCGAUCACAACUAGCUGUAAUACUGGCUCACCAUUUACUGGAACCCCUGUCAUGAACUGCGUCAGUGCAACACAAAACACUGUUAGUCCAGUGUUCACUGGAUAUAUGGAGUACGAUUAUCAAACAUCGGAUGGCUCAACCAACAUCCCGUCAACUUGUGACCAGUUGUAUGUGGAUACCUUCAAAGCAAGAAGUAGCGAUUUUUCAUCACAAAGUAGCCAGUUUACAGUUGUGUGCAAGGCAACCCUGGAAAUUCCAGGUGACACACUGUUCACUUUCCAGUUCUUGCCAAAUGAGACUACAGGGAGGUUGAUCACAGGGGGUGGAACCAAUAUCAAUAAAGUGAAAAUGAGAUAUUACUACACCAUGCUUUCAACAAACGCAACAUACUUCAGGCAGUGUGAGGACGUCAUUCGGAAUCUCAUAAUUGCUGGUAAUUACAAACUGGAAGGGUUCACCACACGUGAAACAACUUUAAAUACAGGAGUGAUCUGCCCACCAGUGGCAUACUUAGCCAAUUCUGCGACUCUCACACCUGGGAUAUACACAUGCAAUCAAAACUACUUCCGAACAGAGUCUGCCUGUGUGCCAUGCCCAUCAGGGAGUGUGCGUCCAGUUGCUAAUUCCGACACAAAGUGUGAACAAUGCCAAGUAGGCUAUUACAGAGAUAUCAACAUGGGCAUCUGUACUGCUUGUCCUACUGGAAUGACUACCCGAUACCUCGGAACCACAUCAAGCAGUCAAUGCAUUGCUGCCUGCGCCCCGGGCUCUGUAUCAACGACUGGUUACCAGCCCUGCUACCCGUGUGCCAAGGGGUCAUACAGCGUCAGUACAACAACCUGCACUCCCUGUGCUACUGGGAAUUCCACUACAUCAGUUGGAGCAUCGUCUAUUGCAGACUGUAGUGUCAGUUCCUACACUGCUUUGGACGUGUGUCAGGCUGGGUAUGUGUCGAGGUUCGCCCAUGGGUUGGCCCCAUGUGACGCCUGUGCAGUGGGAUUCUAUUACAAUACCGCCACUCGGAGAUGUGACUCUUGUCCUGCUGGUACUUCCACUCUGGCAUCUGCCAGUAUAGGGGCAUCAGCCUGCAUACAGACCACCCAAAUCCGAGAUAACUGUCCACUGGGGAGCUUCCGUAACCAGACAAUUGGGUCUUGUGAGGCCUGCCCAUUGGGUACCUACAGCACUGGAGAGGAACUGAAUGCCUGCACACAAUGUCCGAGUGAUACGUCAACCUAUUUGCCGGGCGCAACCACCAGUGCAAUGUGCACACGCAAAUGUGCCCCAGGAUUUUUCUCCUCCAAUGGUCUAUCGCCAUGCACUCCAUGUGGAUUAGGUCAAUUCUCCACGGCUUUUGGAGCCACCUCAUGUUCAAGCUGCUCAGCGGACCAUACCACUCUGUCCAUCACUGCUAUCUCAUGUGUCAGAAUGUGUGCGGCUGGAAGGUUUUCGUUCUCUGGCAAUGAAGGUGUGACUGGUUCAAGUUGUAGAGCUUGUCCUCAGAACUACUUCCAGUCGAGCAUAGGCCAGACCAACUGCGUUCAAUGUCCUUCCGAGACCAACUCUCAGUCUAAUGGUCUCAUUAAUGUCAAUCAGUGUCUAGCAGUUGAUUGUACAAGCCGAUGUGUCAAUGGGGGAACUUGUAUAAAGCAAGACAACAGCUUCAUAUGUCAGUGCAUGCAAGGUUAUGAGGGGGAUACCUGCCAGAUUGUGACCGAUGUGUGCGCCAGCAGUCCGUGUUACAAUGGCGGAAUAUGUGCAAGAAGCAUUGGUUCGACCCUUGGAUAUACUUGCACAUGCAAUGCAAGAGCCACUGGUUCCCGUUGUGAAACGCUAAUAAAGACUUGCAACACCAGUGCUGCCGCACCAACUUGUCUGAACGGUGGUUAUUGCAUCAACCGCUGGCAGGAACCAGGUUAUGAGUGCAUGUGUCCCAGCGGCUUUAGUGGAGCUAGGUGCAAUCAAACUGCAAACAUCUGUGUCACCAAUCCAUGUAGUUCAGCUGAAACAAUAACAUGUAUGGACUCAAGCAAUGGACAGAAUCUUCGCAGAAGGUGCAUUUGCAGGCCGGGAUAUGGUGGAGAAUCAUGUGCCCAGGACAUAAAUGAGUGUCUUUCCAACCCAUGCAUCAAUGGUGGAACAUGUGUUGAUCAAGUUAACGGUUUCCAAUGUGUUUGUAAGUCAUCAUACACUGGUGUAUUUUGUGAGGCGUACAUCAACCCUUGCCAGUCAACCACAUGCAGUGGCCAGGGCUCUUGUGUGGAUAUAUAUCGUUACGGCAAACAUUUCUGCUCCUGCAAUGCAGGGUACACAGGUGGCCUCUAUGUUGAAUACAGUCUUGAACGUGACAAUGCACCUGAUAUCAACAGUUAUUCCUCAAGGCUGGUCACAGUUACUGAUGUUCAUGCAUGUCGAAGCCAGUGCACAUCUAAAAGCUCAAACUGUAAUAGGUUUACAUAUCAAGCUUCUGGCAAUCAGUGCUACAUUUGGUUGCCUAGUGACAUGCCUACCUUUGGAACACAGGUGGGCUACAACACCUUUACCAAGCACGAGUCACAGCAAACAGAUGACUUUUGGACUAGGAGAUAUAAUGUAUUAGCCCCAUCUACAUCACCUUUAGCUGAAAGUGAACGCUUAAAUGAUCUUACAAAUCUUGGAUUGCACAUAUGCCAUGGGUCUGCGCCCAUCGAUGUGCGAUGCUGCCCUGUUGGUCAGGACUGCACUGGCAAGGCUCUGGUUCCUGCCAAGUGCGCUGAUGUGGACCGUUCCAACCUAGUGGAUGGAGGAAACCCUGGUGUGAGGACUGUCAACGAUCCCACAAACUAUGAUGUGCAGUUCAAAUGCUCCUUAAAUAGAAUGUUUUUGUCUAAUACAUGCACCCAGAAGAAUGACUACUGUAAGCCCGAUCCCUGUGUUAGAGGACAGUGCCAACUCACAUUUGCUGGGUACAGUUGCUCAUGUCCGAGUGGGUAUACAGGGAAGAACUGUCAGACAGACAUCAAUGAGUGUGCCACCAACCCUUGUUCUAAUGGCGGAACAUGCACAGACAAGGUCAACGGUUACCUGUGUGCCUGCAAACCUGAAUAUACAGGAGCAACAUGUGCAAGUCAAGUGAACUAUUGUGUCGGUGUUUCAUGCAGUGGUAAUGGAACAUGUAUGAAUAGGGAUCAAGGCCCAGGUUACAUGUGUAACUGCUUUCAAGGGUACACAGGCAUCAAUUGUGAGAGUCAGAUUAACUUCUGUGCCAGUCAACCUUGCCUGCAUGGUUCUAGCUGCAUACCGGCGUUGAAUACGUACAGAUGUGAGUGCUUGCCUGGAUGGACGGGAAGGAAUUGUGACACCAUGAUUAACUACUGCACAGGAAGUCUGUGCCAAGGGACAUGUCACCCGGUGUUCACAACCUACUACUGCGCCUGUGGGGCCAACACGUAUGGAGCAAACUGCCAGAACCGCCCUACCCCCUGUCAGACCUUCAACAAGUGUCAGAAUUUGGGCACAUGUAGCUACAACACCUCUAGUGCCAAUAUGGCAUGUACAUGUCCUGCAAAAUACAAUGGAGAUGGCUGCGAAUGGUUGAGGGACCUAUGCAACACAGACAAUCCAUGCAAAAACAACGCUGAUUGUAGCAUCAUACAGGAUAAUUAUAAAUGUACCUGUAAACCAGGAUACACGGGCACUAACUGUGAGACGGAGAUCAAUGAGUGCUCAGGACGUACGUGCCCAGGUGGUGGCCAAUGUUUUGAUGCUAUCAAUGCCUACUACUGUCGGUGUCCACUCAAGAAGACGGGCAACAACUGUGGUCGAGAAUUUGAUCGAAACUAUGACUUCUACUUCAACCACCCAACUGGUAUGGGCUUUGCUUGGAUUCCAUACUUCAUCUUUGUACCUAAUGUUGAUGCCAUGUCUGUCACGGGAUGGGUUCGAUAUGCAGCUGCAAACGGAAAGGGCGUCUAUUUCAACAUGUUCAUUGGUGACCGGCUUGAGACAGCCAAGAAAUUCUUGGAAUUCAAUGAACUUGGCGUGAAAAUUCACCUUCCAAAUGGAAUCAUCAUUCAACACGAGCUGUCUCGUACCGUGCAAGUUAAUGAUGGCAACUGGCACUUUAUCACACUGAACUUCAACAUGGUCUCCAAGGCUAUGAGGCUGUACCUGGACACUGUUUACCAUCAGCCUGAGCAGACGGUAGACAUUUCCAGUCUCAAGGUCAACAACAACGGUUUCAGAAUGUGGGUUGUGUUAGGCUGUGAGUUUGACAAUAAAGAUCACAUCUGCAUCGGUGGAGCUGACAGUUUCCGUGGAUACGUGAGCCAGAUCAACAUUUACAAACGGGAACUCACAUUUGCAAGUUCAAGUGGCGUCGCCGGAGAAAUUUCGUACAACUUUGCAGUCCCUCAAAACAUUUCUGAAGAUAAUGCCCAGCUAACCAAUGUUAUUUUGGUCUGGAACGAGUAUAAAUUUGAUAGCGGUGUCAGCAGGAUAAUUCCCUCAGAAGCAAAGGGAGAUAGGUGCUCUGUCCCUAACAGGUCGCCUCCUUGCGGAUACUUCUCAGCAAUGUCACGCCCAAGUGCUCAAAACUGUCCGAAAGAUUUCACAGUGUACGGUGAGGAUCGAAUCAAGACUGUUACAUGGGUCGAGCCCACCUUUGACAACCUUGGAGUGGCAGGAAAGGUGCACCAGGGCAAUGACAACUUAAAAGGCAAAGCAUAUACCUGGGGCAAAUAUGAAGUUAUCUACGUUGGCAGCGACGGCUCAGGAAACUCAGCUUACUGCCACUUCAGCUUUUAUGUGCAGCCCUUCCGGUGCAAGUCACCCCCGGACCCAUUUGGUGGCUUCCAGUUCUCCUCCAAUGCUACAGACCCUUUGACUGGUGUGGUUCGCCAUGGUCGCACUAUUGGAUGCUAUAACACUAACACACCUACGGUUGUGAAUUAUAAGACUGACAGAGAGCAUCCAAAGACAUUUACUUGUGACCCGUAUGGAACUUGGAAUAAUGUGAAGCCUUUUAGGAAGUUCAGAUAUCCAUCAUGCGGAGCGGUGAAGCCUAAACCACAGGGCAAAAUGACGUUGCAUCUCGAGUACAAUCUGACAACAGGUGCUUGUGAAUCAGUCAAAGUCAACCUCAUCCAGUUGUUGAAACAAGAAGUUAGUAAGCUGGAUCUUAUUUACCAAGGUGAUCUUUGCAAGAUGAGUGAUUGCUCGGACAUUGAUGUAACAAUCACAUGCAGUGGUUUCUCGGCAGGGAGAAGGAAGCGACAAGUUGUGUAUGCCAGCGUACUGGCUGUAAUUAAAUUGGGCAACAUUCCAACUCAAACUAGUCUGGAUGGUGAGACGUUAUCAGUCCAAGAUUUCUUCACAUACUUUGCACUUGGUGCAAAAGUAUUCGAUUUUUCGUCAACAAUUGCCAACGCGGACAUUCUUCCCCAGAGGUUUGUGAUUGACUCGACCCUAAUCUGUCCUGAGUAUGCUGUUCUACUGGACGGCGAGUGCGUGGAGUGUGGCCUUGGAAACGUUUACCGGUACAACAAUGAAACUGGUGUUGCCAUCUGUGAAGAUUGCCCCCUGGGCCAAUACCAGGAUAAUUUUAAACAGAAGGCUUGUAAAGAAUGUCCUGCUGGUACUACAACAGAAAUGACUGGGGAAUACCAGGCCUCCAUGUGCAAAGCCAUCUGCCAAGUUGGUCAUUAUUUUAAUAAUGAUCUGGACAUAUGUAUGCCGUGUAAGAUUGGUUACUACCAGGACCUCAUGGGUCAGUUCUACUGCAAGUGGUGCGGACCAAGCUUCACAACGGAGAAUGAAGGAUCCACGUCAGACAGCCAGUGCUCUAGUCAGUGUGAAAGCGGUUACCAACUCUCUGGUCCCAACAACUGUACGCCAUGUCUGAUUGGUCAAUACAGAAACGCUACUGAGUCACGAGUCUGCAUGAACUGUCCUACAGGAAAAAUAACAGCUGCUAUUGCCUCAAGAUCUGCGGACGCCUGCAGUAUCACUGCUUGUACAUCUGGUAACUACAGAAGAAGUAGUGAUAAUACAUGUCAGCCAUGUCCUCUAAACUACUACCAGAAUGAGACUUGGCAAGACCAGUGUAAGCCAUGUGGCAAUGGCAAUUUCUCCAUGUGGAGAACUACCAGUACUGGGUCCAGCAAGGAACAAGACUGCCUGUUCUACUGCCCGUCUGGGUAUGAAGUGAGCCUCACUCUGGCCCAGACCUGUGUGCCGUGUGCCAGGGACCAGUACAAGGACAACAAUGUGGACAUUCAAGGCUUGUGCACACCAUGUCCCAACAACCUGAGGGCCAGCAGUAUAGCUGCCACUGCACAGACAAACUGCACUAUCUACAAGUGUCCCAUUGGUCAGUCUCCUAACCCCACACAGACGGGCUGUGUUCUGUGUGCUCUGGGAUCCUACCAGGAUGUUGCAGAGAGCGAGACGUGUAAGAUGUGUCCAGCCUCACAGAGCACCCGCACCAUGGGGGCUACAGCACAGAGUGCUUGUGAAAAUUACUGCAACAGUGGGUACAAGAAGGUAGGGUCAGCAUGUGUCCCGUGUGCUGUAGGCUCCUACAAAGACAACACUGCAGGGCUGUUCUCUAACUGCACAGCCUGUGAUCCCCUCUACACCACGCCUAGCAUGGCCUCAACCAGCCGUACUGCCUGCAGCAUCCGAACAUGCCCAGCUGGAACCUACCGCAAUGUUGGUGACACGGGAUGUACAGACUGUGACCUCGGCUACUACCAGCCCCAGCAGUUCCAGACCAGCUGCCUCAAGUGUCCUGAUGACACCAGCACCAUGCAGACCAAAUCCACUCUUGCCACUGACUGUAAAGCAUACUGCCCCAAUGGCAAGGAGAUGGUGAACAGUGUGUGCCAGGACUGUUCCCGUGGUUACUUUCGCAGCCAAUCAGACGGCCUGUUUGCCAUGUGUCAGAUGUGCCCCCUGGAAAAAAUUACUCCCUCAACAGGGGCCACUACUAUCUCCCAGUGCAUCAUUGGCAACUGUAGUGCUGGAUAUCGGCUGAAAACAGACAACACAUGUGAGAUCUGUCCUAAAGGCUCGUACUCGGAGAGCAAGUGGCUCACGACCUGUACCCCAUGUGGCAUACACAAGACAACAGAGAGAGAGGGAGCCACAAAUCAGUCCCUUUGCAUAGUUGAGUGUGAGCAAGGGUUUGAGGACGCGUCUGGGGCGUGUGUGCCGUGCCAGCAAGGCUUUUACAAGGACAUCAAGGCGGCGGCACAGUGCAAGCCGUGCCCAGUUGGCUACAUCACUUCAGGAUCUGGCGCCACCAAUCUUACCAUGUGCAACAUACCUGCCUGCAGCCCAGGGACCUUCCUUAAUGAGACUGCAUCCCCGGCAGCCUGUCAGGUGUGUGGAUAUGAUACGUACCAGGACACCAAGUGGCAGAAAUCCUGCAAGUCCUGCAGUGCCAACCUGGUCACACUUCAGACUGGCUCCACAAGCCUGGCACAGUGUGUUGCUGACUGUGCCUCAGGCCAGGAAUACAGUACUACUAACAGGGUGUGUCGGUUCUGUCCCAUUGGCUUUUACCGUGACCGCAAUGACCGUCUCCAGCCCAGCUGUCAGAUGUGUGACAUCCGGUACAUCACAGCAGGGGAGGGCGCCAAGUCUGUUGCAGAAUGUAAUAUAGCCAAUUGUACUGUCCCUGGUCAGUACCGUAAUACUCUGAAUGUGUGCACCCCUUGCCCUGUCGGUGAGUACAGCAGUGAGAAGUGGAGGACCUCGUGUGAACGAUGCCCUGAUGGCUACUCAACCAGAGGCACUGGGAAGACAACCCUGGCUGAUUGUAUCCGUUCCUGUCCCUUGGGUGAGUAUGUCACCCUUGCCAACACCUGUGAGAUGUGCGCCAAGGGCACAUACAGGAGUGAUCCCUCCACCGAGAGUUGCAUCCCCUGCCCAGAUAAUCUCACCACACCCACAGUGGGUUCAAGAACCAGAGACGCUUGCUCCAUUAGCCCAUGCAUAGCUGGUCAGAGGUACAGCCAGAACAGGACAUGUGAGGCCUGCCCCAUUGCCACCUACCAGCCAUUGGCAGGCAUGUUCAACUGCUUGAACUGUCCUGCUAAUAGAAACCUCACUCUUGCAUUGGGAGCAAAGGCUGUUGAAGAAUGCAAAACUGCUUGCCAGGCAGGAGAGAUGUGGAUGUGGGGCACAGGUUUAUGUGAGAAGUGUCCACACGGCUUCUAUCAGCCCAGCGCUGAACAGUUCACCUGCAUGCAGUGUCCUGCUGCUAGAGGUUCCACCGUAAGCCCUAGCCGACCAGACGGACGCGGAGCUAUCAGUGAAGCUGAGUGCAAGGACCAAGGAUUUCAUAUACACUUGUAG